AUGGGAUCUUGUCUUUUAGAUUCAAAGAAUAUUAAAAAAGAGAAAGAUGGAAAGAAUCAGCAGGCAAACAACACGUCUUUAAAAAGUGAACAGUUUAAUUGGGAUGAAUAUCUGAAAGAGACUGAAUCAGUAGCUGCCCCUCUACAUUGUUUCAGACAGUCUAGAAUCCCACCUACGAACGAUUUCAAAGUUGGUAUGAAACUGGAAGCCCGUGAUCCUCGCAAUGUUACCUCGGUUUGUAUAGCUACAGUCAUUGGAAUUACUGGUGCCAGGCUAAGGUUGCGGCUGGAUGGAAGUGACAACAAAAAUGAUUUUUGGAGACUUGUGGAUUCCUCGGACAUACAGCCCAUUGGGACCUGUGAAAAGAAAGGGGGCAUGCUCCAGCCUCCACUUGGAUUCCAGAUGAAUGCGUCUUCUUGGCCAAUGUUUCUCUUAAGAACUCUCAAUGGAGCUGAAAUGGCACCCGCAGCAUUUUUUAAGAAGGAACCACCAAAACCUGUGCCAAACUGCUUUAAAGUUGGGAUGAAACUUGAAGCUAUAGAUAGAAAGAACCCAUACUUGAUUUGCCCAGCAACCAUUGGAGAUGUUAAAGGAGACGAAGUUUUUGUUACAUUUGAUGGCUGGAGAGGAGCGUUUGACUAUUGGUGCAGAUGUGAUUCUCGAGAUAUUUUCCCAGUUGGAUGGUGUAGCUUGACAGGAGAUGCAUUACAACCACCAGGGAACAAUGUUUCCAUUACAAAGAGCAGUGCAAAAAUCCAAUCUUCCCCUUCCAAAGUGACCCGGCGUUCAAUGCAGUCUCCACAGAAAUCUGCUCCAGUACCAGCGCAGCGGGGCAGGAAGCCAGGUCGGGGCAAACCCCCUGGACAGUCUGCAGUUCCCAAGAAGGGCAGGUCUCCUAAAAAUAUUCCCCUGACAAAAAGCACCUCUCAUACUGAGAAUCUUAAAACAAGGAAAAAAAGUUUAAAACCUGGAAAAAAGAAAAAAGUCUUGCCGGAACAACCGACUGCUGCAUCUUCUUCUCCUUCUUCUCCUGAGGGGGACAGUGGCACUACGCAGAUACUUAAAGAUGGAAUUAGUUUGGCUGGUGCAACUGCAGCGGUUAUAUCCACAGCAAGAAAUGCUGGAGCACAGGGGCUUGUGAUAGAUCUGCUAGACCUGGCAGUUUGUUCUUGUCUGAAGAAGGAAACUUGUGUGUUUCUUCCAGAUCACUUUGGACCAGGUCCUGUCAAUGUGGUGCUUCAGCAGGCCGUACAGGCUUGCGUGGAUUGUGCCUAUCAAUCCAAAACAGUCUUUGGAUUUCUGAAAUCUGGCCAUCAUGGAGGGGAAAUGAUAACUGCUUCCUUUGAUGGGGAGAAGCACGCCAUCAAUCUUCCUUCUGUAAACAGUGCAUCAUUUGUCCUACGCUUCUUGGAGAAACUCUGCCACAGCCUGCAGUGUGAUAAUCUCUUCAGUAGCCAGCCUUUCAGCCCUUACAUGGGGUGUGCGCAUAGUCCGACGGAGUAUGAUAGGAACAAACCAGCAAAAGAAGAAAUACCUGAAAACAGGAGUGCUAAACGAUACUCUCAGGACUCUCCACCUUAUACUGCUCCUCUCUCCCCUAAGCUUCCCAGAAAUGAUGCUCAUCCAUCUGAAGCAGAAACAUUACCUAUAGAAGAAAACAGCACUUCCAAAGAACACCGAUUUUCCGAGGACUCUAUGGAUUCUGCACUUAAUUCUGUAAACCCUUCAAGCCCGACCCGUCGAAAUUCUACGGAAUAUCGUACUUCAGGGAGUGCAACGUAUUACAGAAAUUCCCUUCAGCCAGUGACUGCUACCUCAAAUUCAGCCCCAGUCCUGCGCAGGCUGUCCUUGAGCUCCGCUGGGAGCAGCAGUUACUAUGAAGUUAGCAGGAAUCGAAUGCAGAGGCAGAUUGAAGCUGCAAGUUCCACAACUGGACCGGAUCUGAAUUCACUAAAAAGGGAACCUUCAAGAAUAUUGAAUAAGGAUCCUUCCACCUGGUCAAUAGAGGAAGUAAUGCGUUUUGUGAAAGAAGCUGAUCCACAGGCACUAGCUCCACAUGCAGAACUCUUUAGGAGACAUGAAAUUGAUGGGAAGGCACUACUCUUACUGAGGAGUGAUAUGAUAAUGAAAUAUAUGGGACUGAAGCUGGGGCCUGCCCUAAAGUUGUGCUACCACAUUGAAAGACUUAAACAAGGAAAGUACUAG